CCUGCUCCAAAGGAACUGCAGGGUGGCCUUGCCUGGGGGCAUCCCUGGAGCCACGUACGGGAAGAACGGAGCCUGGCAGAAGACGGCAUCCCAGUCACAGAGAAUGGAGGUCUGGAGCUGGGACUCAGGAGGAAGUGGCCAUGACCAUGGACACCAGCCCAGACAGGUCCUCCUUCCCUGGCAAUCACUGGCUCUACUUCUCCGUGUACCUCUUCACCUUCCUCCUGGGGCUCCCCCUCAACCUGGUGGCCCUGGCGAUCUUCGUGAGCAAGCUCCGGCGCCGCCCGGUGGCCGUGGACGUGCUGUUGCUGAACCUGACCCUCUCGGACCUGCUCCUGCUGCUCUUCCUGCCCUUCCGCAUGGUGGAGGCUGCCAGUGGCAUGCACUGGCCCCUGCCCUUCAUCUUCUGCCCCUUGUCCGGAUUCCUCUUCUUCACCACCAUCUAUCUCACGUCCCUCUUCCUGGCAGCUGUGAGCAUUGAACGCUUCCUGAGUGUGGCCCACCCCGUGUGGUACAAGACCCAGCCGAGGCCGAGGCAGGCUGGCCUGGUCAGCGGGGCCUGCUGGCUCCUGGCCGCCGCUCACUGCAGUGUGGUCUACGUCACUGAGUUCUCGGGGAACUCUUCCCACAGCUCAGGUAUCAACGGGACCUGCUACCUGGAAUUCCGGGAGGAUCAGCUGGCCCUUCUCCUGCCCGUCCGGCUGGAGAUGGCUGUGGUCCUUUUCGGGGUGCCCCUGCUCAUCACCAGCUACUGCUACAGCCGCCUGGUAUGUAUCCUUGGCAGGAGAGCCAGCCAUCGCCGGCGGAAGAGGGUGGCGGGCCUCGUGGCAGCCACGCUGCUCAACUUCCUCGUCUGCUUUGGGCCCUACAACGUGUCCCAUGUCAUUGGCUACAUCCAAGGCAAAAGCCCGGCGUGGAGAGGUUACGUGCUGCUCCUCAGCACCCUGAAUUCCUGCGUCGACCCCCUUGUCUACUACUUCUCAUCAUCUGGGUUCCAAGCUGACUUCAAGGGGCUGCUGGGGAGGUUGGCUGGGGCCUGGGGCCCUUGGAGGCAGCAAGGCUGUGUGAAACUGAAGAAGAAUGAAGGAGAGGGGCCGCCGCAGGAGCUGUCCAACAUAGAGACGAGGUAGUGGACUCCAGGAGGGCGCUGGAGCGGGCGGCCGGGUGGACUGGGCUGAAAGGCAGAUCAUUCCUGGGGGCAGUUCCUCACUCAAGUCAGGUGGGACCUUGGAGGGGCAGGCUGGGGACUGACACGGUCUAGGGCAGAGGUGGCCCCCAGCUUUCCUCAGGAUGUGCUCACCGAAAUCCAGCUCUCCAUCUCACCACACUGUCCUCCCUUCCCAUCCCCCCACAUUCGGCCCUGGGAAGUAGUCAAGGUGAGAGAGAGCUCUGGAGGAAACUGAGCUCUCCGGGGCAGCAGGCCAGUUCCUGCACUUUUCUGAAGGUAAAGGAGGAGGUGAGAACAGUGUCCAGAGGAGCUGCCCAGUGACCUGGGACAGGAGAGAGGCAGAAUCUACCCCCACAGAACUAGUGACCCAGCAGAUCAGGAGUGGGGACACGGGGCUCCAGGCACAAAAAAGCAUCUUGCUCUCACAUGGGCCUGUCCAGAAAAUUCCCACUGUUCAGUAAAUUCAGAUUUUCAAGAACAUUUAUGAAAAAUGAUAGAAGAGAAAUCACGUAAAUAAAUCUGGCAGCAUGCAAAAGGAAGUGGCUUUUUCUUAUUCUGUUUUUUUCUUAUGGUGUUUGUGGGUGCUGUAUAUGGGUGUAUCUUAGGUGGAAUUAAUGAAUGGAAGAUGCUGAAGGAGAAGGAUUAAACAGAAAGAUGCCUAGCUGUUGGGAAAAGAUCUGGGCUGGAGGGAUAAAAAUAAUAGCUAAACUGUCCUCAGGACUUGGCCCGACACUGUCUUCUUCAAUCUUCUCAAUAGCCACGUGGCAGGUACUCUCAUGGCUCCCAAUUUACAGGUGAGGGAAUAGGCCCAGAGAGGUGAAGCCUCUUAGUGAGAUCCUAUAGCUAAUAAG